AAUUAUGAACCUAAUGGAUUUGAAUUAAAGUGAAUUAAACUAAAUUAAAAGACUAAAAAUAAGUCCAAUAGAACAUAGUCUAAUUCUUUCAAAUAUUUUCAAUGUGACCCCUUUCAAACUUUAAUGAGAGUAAUAACAAAUUAGAAAAUUAGAUACAAAAUGAGAUAAGCAUAAUCUUUGCAUAGUAUCAUUAAUUAAUCGGUAGAAUCUUCAUAUCAAUCAUUUACUUUAGCUCUAUUAAAAAAAAAUAAAAAAUCAUUUACUUUAGCUUUUUCACUCUUGCUUGAUUAUACGUAGUAUAAUAUUAGUAAUGGUAAAAACCAAAUUAUAUAGAACUGUUAAUCUCUAAUAGUCUAAUACUACCAUAAAGGUUCUAAAUUAGUUAAAACCGUCAAUAUUAUUAACAGUUUUACACUUAUUAAUGUCAAACCUUAAAAUCGAGUCAAUAAAUGGUAUUGUGAGAAGAACUUUUUAAAUCAAUGUAUAUAAGCCUAUAAGGAAUUAGUUUAUGUUACGAAAUAUUAUACUUGUAUUGUUUUGGCAAAUCACCCCAUUAUGAAUUAUGCAAAAGCAAUUGAAAUUUUAGAAGAAAAAAAAAAAGAGCACAAUUCAAGAAGUUAGAAAGCCCAAGGAGAAAGAAAGAGACAACUUCUAAGUUCUAACCCAUAUGCUACUCCAACACAACCUUUCUUCUCUCUUUAUCAUCUCCUUUAUAAUUUUACACUGCAAUUGCUUGCCUUCAUUUCAAAUUUUUUCGGGUUCAAUUUUUUCAUGAUUGUUGUCAGACAUUAUUCAUGGGAGCUCAGAAGAGCAUCCAUGCUGGUAAAGCCAAAAUUGAUGUCAAUGUAGAUUUGAGUCACAAGCUAUGCGCUGCUUUAAUGCUGCCCCCUUUCAGGAAUUCUGGAGGUCCUCUUUCAUUAGUUAUUGGGAGUUUAUGCAUUAAGCACCCUAAUUUAUUUGGUGGAAGUGAGAAGCUUGAUGUGUUUUGGGACAAAGGAUUGUAUGACACAAAUGUUGUGGUGGCUUAUAGGAGGCCUAGGCCUGAAUGGCUUCCUCAGCAGUCUGUUGUGGUUCAGCAUUCUAUUUCACCUGAGAUUGGAGUUCAUGGUUUGCCCGUCGAUAACUUCUCACAAUCUGGGAGUGGGGGUGUAAAUCUCUGUCGCUCCUCCGUGGGUUUAGAAUUGAGUGAGCCUGCUAGCUCCAAUUGGAGCAGUACAACCAGUGUAAAAUUUGAGCAUGUUUGCCCUAUGAGCGAUGAAGGACGCCCUAUAAACCGAGAUCUUGAUGGUUUUCCGGUGACUUGCAGCGGAGGCACCCAUGAUAGUAUGGUGGUGUUAAAACAAGAAACUCGUUACGCCAGGGCAAAUGACAAUUUCUUUAGUCGUUUCAGCUUGCAGAUAGAACAAGGAGUUCCAGUUUUGUCCAAAUGGCUUGUUUUUAACCGAUUCAAGUUUGUUGGCACUAAGGGUAUCAAACUUGGGCCUUCUAUUUUAUUGACAAGUAUUACUGGAGGUUCCAUUGUGGGGGAUAUGGCUCCUUACCAAGCAUUUGCUAUUGGUGGUCUUGGUAGUGUUAGAGGGUAUGGUGAAGGUGCUGUUGGAACUGGAAGAUCAUGUUUGGUUGCCAACAGUGAUUUAACGUUCCCGUUGAGCAAAAUGUUAGAAGGUGCAAUUUUCUUAGAUUACGGAUCUGAUCUGGGUUCUGGUCGGCUUGUUCCUGGAAAUCCAGCCUUGCGACAAGGCAAACCAGGAAGCGGAGUUGGGAUAGGAUAUGGCUUACGCUUCAAAUCACCAUUUGGCCACUUCCAAGUUGAUUAUGCUAUGAAUAGUUACCAACAGAAAACUGUCUACUUCAACAUCACCAAUGUAUCUUCAUAAAUGACUCUUGCAAUUCCUUUGCAGACCACAAUGAAGACUUUCCUGAUUAGUUUUUAGCUGAUAUUUACUCGACGAUUCAUUAUUCUUUACAAUCCCUGGUAUCUUCACCUACAAUGUACAAAUGUUGAUGAUGAAGAACAUUAUUGACCGCGGCUUGAAAUGCAAGACUUGCUUUCACCAUCAA